UUAUUUUCCGGUUUUCUUACUCAAAGGGUUUCCGGUUUGACCGUAUAUAUAUAAAGGAUUUUCCCCGGCUCCUUUUUCUUUUAAUUCACUCUCUCUCUUUCGUUCUCUGUUUCGCCGACUGCUUCUCUCAUUCCUCGCCAGCUUCGCACACAUCAAUUUCACCGGUUUUCGCAAUCAUAUCGCCGUCUUUCCGGUGAUCUCCUCCACUUAUCCGAUCUACGGCGAUCUCUUAACUCCUUCGGUCUCACACUGAUGCCAGUUGCAAAACUUUUGGGCACCAGUUCUGCAGAUGCAAUGAAAGCAGAGGAAGGAAGCGAUUCAUUGGAUACCUUCAUCAAACAAGCAGUUGGAAAAGAACCUUCAUUUUCAUUUUCAAGAACUGGGGAUAGCCCUGUGCAGUGGAUACAGUUACUUCAUGCUUUGGAUCAACAAGAUCUCCCUGGUUGGCCCUUGUUGGCUCCUAUGAAGAUUCAGAUGCAGAAAUGUGAGAAAUGUGCCCGUGAAUUCUGUUCACCUGUCAAUUAUCGAAGACAUAUACGAGUUCAUCGUCGCUCUUUAAAGUUCCAUAAGGAGUCCCAGAAGUAUAGGGAUUUAUUGGGGGCAUUUUGGGACAAGCUCUCAUUCGAUGAAGCUAAGGAAAUCAUGUCUUUCAAGGAUGUUAACCUGGAGGAAGUUCCAGGGUCUUCAAUAAUAAGAAACAUUAUAGCAAAUCUCCGCAAGCCAAUCUUUCUAUCUCUCCCACAAAUUUAUGUCAAAGCUGGCUCUAUGCUUGUGGACAUAAUCCAAGGUAGACCUUCUACUUCUAGACUUCCAGUUUCCUCCCAAGAAUUAUUCAGCAUCCUAAAUGAUGCCAGUGAGACAACAUUUCUAAGUGCUGGAACAGCUGAAUCAUUACAAAAAUUCGUCUUUGAUGGAGAAGCUGGUAAAAUUGGGCUUGAAAUCAAAAACCUAAUUGCUGCCACCAGCUUUCUUUUCGAACAAAAAUUGGUCAAAGCAUGGCUUGCAGACAAGGAUGCUGAAGCAUUAAGAUGCCAAAAGUUACUUGUUGAGGAAGAAGAAGCUGCUCAAAGGAGGCAAGCGGAGAUUUUGGAAAGGAAAAAACAAAGAAAGCUAAGACAAAAGGAACAAAGAGCGAAAGAUCAGUCAAACGAAGUCAAACCGGAUUUAUUUGAAACAACAACUCCAUCCACAGAAACAUCCAGCUCUCCAACUUGCGCGGAAGUUGAUUCAUUUUCUCCAGAUGAUGAUGAUGAUGAUGAUGAUGUCAUUGUUCAGUUUUCAAACAAUGUAGAAGAAGAAGAAGAAGAAGAAGAAGAUCUGAAUGUAGUGGACCCCACGGAGCACCAAAAGGUGCACGGGAACGAUUUGCAUCAGAUGGUGGCUCGAUGGCAGGUCCCGAAAUCACAAAAAGGCGGUCGAAACGGGUUUUACGGAUCCAAAAGGGAACAGACACAUAAUAAGCAUAGAGAACAAAGGGCUAAUGUUGUCAAUACUAGUAAAAUAUGGACGAAAAAGCCAAAACCAGAAAAUGGAGGGGUGGAAGUUGUGAAGUCUAGAGUACAAAACGACGCAACCAGUCAGAGCCAGAGCCAGAGCCAGAGCAACUGUAGUCAGCUUAUGAUUGGUUCCAUAUCUGUGACAGUUAGAAGUCCAGGUCAAGGUCAAGAAAAUGGAAAUACAGAAGUCAAAAAGAACAACGUCCAGGCUGGCAGGGAACGUUCCACUGUCAAAAUUUGGAGGCCACGUCAUGAGUCAAGAGGUGUAUCCGGAGAUAGUAAAGUAAAAGGUGAGAAUGGUCAAAGUCAAACUCCGCCUACGUGUCAGUCAAACGAUGACAGUGACGGUGGAAAUGAGCCCGAAGCAAAGCUCUUCUCUCUUGAUGCUGCAAAAGCUUUUCUUGCGCAAAGAUGGAAGGAGGCGAUAUCAGGGGAGCAUUCGAAGUUGAUUUUAUCUUUAUCAUCAUCAAGAGAGGAGCCACCUGGCGAGAAUAGUGAGAGUUCAAGCAAUAAUAAUAUGAAUAAUAAUAAUACAAGUAUUAAUAAUACGAAUAAUGUGAAAGUGAAAGUGAAAGGAAAGUUUGUAAUGAAGGGUGAGAAAGGAGGAGGAGGGGUGAAGACAAAGUAUAUUCCAAAACAGAAAGGUGGUGUUAAUUAGGAGGGACAGGGGGAGAAGUGAAGUGAGGUUAGGUUGAUUGAUUUUGAUUGAUUGAUGGUUAUACGGAAGGAACAACAAUAUGUGCAGCUUUUUAUUAACCACAACACAACAGAGUGAGACAUUUUAUUAAAAAUAUUAUUGAUUAGCCGGAGGUUCCAGUUUUACGAGUGGGUCUUCUGUCCGAAAUUCAAGGUAAGAAAGAAAAACGAUUCCAUAUCCAUAUCAUACUAGUUUUUUUAUUUUUGCUUUGUUUUGUUUUUGAUCUUGUGGGGUUUUUUGGAUUAUGAAUCUGGAUAAUCUUUUGGAGGUGGUGCUUGUUUUUGUUUUUGUUUUUGAUGAUAGGAUACACUAUUGAAAUAAUCGCAAUGCAAAUGCAACCACUCGCAUCUGUUUUUGGUAGAUUGUUUGUUGAAUUCAGUUGAUGUUUUUUUUUUUUUUUGUUGGAAGAAAUUGAAGGUGAGAAAUGAGAUUUGUAGCAAAAGGAGUUGAGAUGGACUCCAUGUAAUUAUGAUUCAUGAAGGCAGUAAUGAGUUUUAUUAGUUUACAUGUACAAAAUUUUUAAAUUA